CAAUGUGUGUAUAAAUAUGGCACUUGUGAGCAUUUAAAGUGUCAAAGGAUUUAAAGUUUAUGUCUGGACUCCGGUGUUUGCAUGUUAAUGCCCAUAACCGAUACUGGGCGUUUACAUGUGCCCACUCUCGUCGAUAAACCCAAAAGUACUACACUAUCGCUCUGAAUUCUAUACACAUCCGUGUAUCAUGUGGAUUUUUAAAGGAAAAUGUAUCUCCUAACACUCAUAACGGUCCUGGCCCUGGUCGCUGUCUUAUGGAAUGAAAUUAACCUAUCCAUGAAUAUAAGGGCAGUUAACGAUGUUACAAAGGCAUCGUGCGUCCCGUCCAGCGAGAAUAAUGGCAAAAUCGUACACUUUACGUGCGACUUGAGCAGCUCCAGCGUGUUUUAUACGCCUCGCGAGUUCUCGAAUAACAUCUAUUCUCACAAUGGGAUCUUUCUGGAAACAAAAGUUGAAAUGUACCAAUGGAUCUCCCAUGUUGGCGUUUUCGGAAAAUACUACUCUGGAGAAUUUGUGGAUCACAUUGUAGACAAUGGGAUUCUAAAUGUAUUUUACAAAAAUCCACAGUUCUUUCCAAACAUACCCGGAGCAGGGAGAAUGUACACUAGCAAGAUUAAAAUUGGUGGAUACACCAUACCAAAGGAUUCAUUCGUGGAUAUACAUGAGAAACAGCAGCUGAAACUUACAGACAAUAUGUGGUACCAACCGAACAUUGCCUUGCCAAUCUUGGAUGUUAAUCAUCUCAACACACAAGUUCACGGUGAUGCACUCUAUACAGGCGAUCCCCUAAAUCCAAAGAUUGGAGAUUUGAGAAUAACGUUUUGGGGAAGCACCUCCACCAGAUUUAGCAUAAUUGGGCGACAAAAUGCUAGUCUUUUAAAAGACUAUUCUAUAGAGCCCAUCCACUUUAUGGACCGUGAAAUGGUAUUAUUAUCGGAAGGUGAGUAUAGUGUAAAGGCACUGGAAGCAAAGAUCUUAAACAAGUUUGAGUCGACGGAAUCGUUUAAUUGGGGACUGAGGAUAUUCGCCUUUUUCCUCAUUUCCUACACAAUUUAUGUAUAUUACCUAAGUCUCAAAGCACCAAGGAGCGAAAUGGCGAUUUUCGUUUGUAGCAUUUGCGCAGGAGGAAUUUUAAUAUGCGUUGCUGAGGCUGUAAUUUGGUUCUAUAGAGAAAUUUAUGGUCCAAUAAUGCUUCUAUUUACCGCCUCCGCUCUGUUUGCGGUCUUGAUUACAACCUGGAAACUAAAUCUGUUUGCAAAACAGUACAUGAGAAUUGAUAGCAGUUAUUUUGGGCUUCACAGUACAUAUGACUCUGUAAGAUGGUCUACAGCCUCGCCCACUGCUAGUAUUGCAGUUAGCAGCGACCAGCCACUCAUAAGUUCAAGAAAUUUAUAA